CUGGAGCCGGCUCGGCGCUCUGCCGGCCGCCCUGCGCACGGCGCUUGCAUCGCAUUCUAUUUCCCGGCGUUAUCAUCAUGUCGACCGCUAUGAACUUCGGGACCAAGAGCUUCCAGCCGCGGCCCCCUGACAAGGGCAGCUUUCCGCUGGAUCACUUCGGUGAAUGUAAAAGCUUUAAAGAGAAAUUCAUGAAGUGCCUUCGUGACAAUAAGUUUGAAAAUGCUCUAUGCAGGAAUGAAUCAAAAGAAUAUUUAGAGUGCAGAAUGGAAAGGCAACUGAUGGCUCGAGAACCACUGGGAAAACUGGGAUUUGGAGAUUUGGUAGAUGGACAGUCAGAGGCUAAGAGUAAAUUUUGAUGAAUGAGGACCAUUGGCCAUCAGGAAGCCUUUUGCUGAGCCAUGGGCCCCUUGAACUCGCCCUGAAGCCACAUGAAGGUGCCUCUCUGUGGGUGUGGCCUAUAACCAGGGACCUGGCUUGACUUCUGAAGCUCCCAAAUCAUUUUCAUUAAUUGCCAUUCUUUUUAAAUUCUCAUUUUCCCACAAGGAAGUGUGUAAUCUGUCAAUCCGCAUGCAGCACAGGGUCCCUGGGAGGCAUUCAGCAGUGGGGAAGAGCUCUGGAGUGGUGUCCUGCCUAGGGCACCUCCACACUGUGCUGCUGUGAGCAGCUUUCCCAGGGGCCUGCUCAGCAUGCGGAUUUCAGUCUCUUACAGAGAUCGUCAGAGGAUAACCGAUCCCCAGCAGUACAGAUUUCAGUCUCUUACACACACAGAUCGUCAGAGGAUAACCGAUCCCCAGCAGUACAGAUUUCAGUCUCUUACACACACAGAUCGUCAGAGGAUAACCGAUCCCUAGCAGAACACUUCCUAUUUUAUAUGCAGUUAUGCAUGCCAGUCUGGGUUUGUUUGUUUUGUUUUUCCUUUUUCUUUACAGAUCUAGAAUAUAAAAUAAGAAGUGAGAAAUUAUUUGGUUUUUGACCUACUGGGCUCUUUUCUUUUUCCCCCAUAUUAGGGAUUGAAUCCUUGGAUGCUUUACCACUAAGCUGCAUCCCAUCCCUUUUUAUUUUGAGACAGGGUCCCACUCUGUAGUUCAGGCUGUUCUUGAACUCACUUGUAGCCCAGCCUGGCCUUGACCUUGCAGUGAUCCUCCUGCCUCAGCCUCUCCAGUGCUAGAAUUGCAGGCAUGCACCACCAUGCCUGGCUUGAUUAUUUUUUUUAAUGCCUAGCACCAAGUAGCUUUAUAAUCAAAGGUCAUUUUCUGAUUCAUAUCAGGCUAUAUUUAUAAAACUAGACAUUUAGUUUCAAUAACUCAUUUUCAUACCUCUGAAGGCUAGAAUAUUGAGUAUAGUUCCACCCAUGUUGUCUUCUAGGUUUUUAUGCUGUAAUAGCACCCAGUCUUAGCUCCCAGCCAGCACUGGCUCAGGGCCCCUGUGUGCAGGGGCGUCGUCUGGUAGCAUCGUGUUCAGUAAGCAAGCCUCUUCAGUCCAGGCAGGCUUACGAGUUGCUUGUGGAGUUUAAACAUUAUAGCUGUCUGUUGGCCAGGCAGAAUAUUGCAGGUUGGUUUGCUCUGUCUCAGGAUUCAAAGCCACAAGCAGAGAUUUGGGUCUGUGUGGCCUCUGAUUUGUCCUGCUUCCUGGCGCUAUUGGAAUGGGAUGUCCCACAGGCCGCUUUACAUGGCUCUCAACACAAAAAGAGGAGAUACUUACUCCACAUAGGAAAUCUGUGUUUCACAUAGACAAUUCUGAGACUGCAUACUAGGGUCGAAAAAUUAGAAAUCCAUUAUGGAUGAUGAGAACCCGCUAUAUCGAACUGGUGGCUUUUCUGGUGUAAAAGUAGCCCAAUACAGAAAUAGGUAUAGGUGUCUGUGAGUGUGCACAGAAAUGUCCCCAGCCUCGUGUGCCCAGGGCCUGGGAGCUGUGAUGGCCAGCCUCGGACUCUGGGUUCUCAUACUAUUCUUUAACAGAAGGAACUGGGUCCUGGCUGAAGCCAGGGCCAGCAAAAGGACAAAGGACGGGAUUGGGGAAGGGACAUAGGAGGCAACAGAGCUCCUGGUGGCCAAAGCCAAGACAGAGCAAAAAGGUGAUGGCUGAAAUAUUGUGGCCCACUGCACACAUUGGUAUCCAUGGGCCCAUGUGGGUAGAAGUCACUGGUAAGUGGUCAUAGGGGAAGGGACAGCUCUUCCUUACUAGCUAGGGGUGUGGCUGGUGUAGAAGAGAUGCUAGGCACCGUGUCUGACAGUGCAGUCAUAAUGGCUGCAGAUGAGAGCCAUCAGUGGGCCCUGAAGCGAGUGGCAAAGUAUCAUGCAAAAUGACUGAAGAAACCUCCACUCAGGCGCUUGGCGAUCACAAGGGAAUGACAGUGGCAUGCAGGGGGGAUCACUUUAGCCAUGUAGUCAUCAACAGGGAUGCAGUCCACUUUCAGUCCCCCCCCCCUUGGUCUGGCUUACAACACUUUGGGAGGGGAGCUGGGGCCACAUGGAAGAACAGCCCAGGGCUGUCUUGGUACACUUAAUCCUCAGCCCCAGCACCCCAGCCCUCUGCCGGCCUUGUCCACCUUCCUCCAGGAGCAGGUCGAUUCCUCUGUGAAGUCUCCUGUGCUCGUUUGCUGUUGCUGCACUGGCUACUGCAAAGUCAGUGGCUUCAGGCAGCACAGACGUGUCUUUUUCUAGAAUUCAGACAUCUAAUGGUGCAGGGGUCUUGUCCCUACAGAAGGCUCUGGGAGAAUCCAUUGCCUCAUCACCAGCUUCUAGAGGCUGAGCACAUUCCUCAAUGGUGAUCCUUCCUCCAGACACAGCAUUGUUUCUGGGGCGGCUUGACCCACACAUACAGCCAGAAUCCAGAGGGGACACCAGGCCCAGCUGGAGGGCAGUAUUACCAGACAUUUGCCCAUGGUUGCCAGUGUCGAGCAUCAAGGUCACAGAGGACAGGGCCUGUGACAGCCAAGCAGAUAAGGACAUAGGACUUGGCGCCCUGUGGGUCCUGGCAAGGAAAGGACACCGGGACAGGCUCAGAUGAUGAGCCUACAGGUCAGCAGCCAGUGUGAUGCCAGGUCCACCUGCUUUGACACUCGGAGGUUAUGUCUGGGUCACCAAGGGAGCCAGACACAGCCUGUUCCACCUGUGCAGUUUUUGGAAUUUCAGAUUAUUUUGAAAUAAAGUUUUCAUAUGACACUGUAAA